AUUCGGCGGAGCCUCUAGUAGACACGCCCUUAUUGCGCGACGAUGGAGUUUCUUCAGCGUCUCGCGAGGUUCCUCGACCGGCCUCUCUUUCCCUGGAAGAAGCUGAUCAUCGGUUUCUCUCUCGCCAACUACUUCAUCGAAGGUUUCCUCGGUUAUCGUCAGUAUCAGGUCCUCAAGAAGACCAAGGUCCCCAAGGUGUUGGAGCAUGAGGUGUCCCAGGAGGUCUUUGACAAGAGUCAGGCAUACGGACGCGCCAAGGCAAAGUUCGAGUUUUUCAGCGGUAUCUACGGUCAAAUCCAAAACAUCUUGUUCUAUCAGUUCGACGUCCUCCCGAAGCUAUGGUCAUUCGCCGGCAACCUCCUCGUUCGGUUCGCGCCAGCCAGGUUCUCCGGCGAAAUCUCGCAAUCUAUCGUCUUCGUCCUGUCCUUUGUCGUCAUCUCCCAGAUUCUCUCGCUACCGACUAGCCUCUACCACACUUUUGUCUUGGAGGAGAAGUUCGGUUUCAACAAGUCGUCUGCCAAGCUUUGGAUUACCGACAAGAUCAAGUCCCUCUUCUUGACCUUCGUCCUCACGCCUCCGAUCCUCGCCGGCUUUUUGGCUAUCGUGCAGAAGACUGGAAACCAGUUCUUCUACUAUCUCUGGGUUUUCGUCGCUGGUCUCCAGGUUGUCAUGAUCACCAUCUACCCGAUUUUCAUUCUGCCUCUGUUCAACAAGCUCUCUCCUCUUGAGGAGGGUGAGCUCAAGAGCAGCGUGGAGGAUCUCGCCAAGAAGCUCAAGUUCCCCCUCUCCGAGUUGCACGUCAUUGAUGGCAGCAAGCGCAGUGCCCACAGCAACGCUUAUUUCUUCGGCAUGCCCUGGAAGAAGCACAUUGUCAUUUACGAUACCCUAAUUGAAAAGAGCGAGACCCAGGAAGUUGUUGCCGUUCUUGCACACGAGCUGGGUCACUGGAAGUUGGGUCACACCACUAGCCUCUUUGGCAUCUCCCAGGCCCACUUCUUCGCCAUUUUCUCUCUCUUCUCCGUUUUCAUCAACAACAACUCGCUUUAUGCCGACUUUGGCUUCCACACGGUGCACCCUAUCAUCGUUGGAUUCCUUCUCUUCUCGGACGUCCUUGGCCCUACCGAUACCCUCAUCAAGCUGGGCAUGAACGUUCUCAGCCGCAAGUUCGAGUUCCAGGCUGAUGAGUUCGCCAACAAGCUUGGCUACAAUGCGGAGCUCGCUCGCUCCUUGAUCAAGCUCCAGAUCCAGAACCUCAGCACCAUGGAUGCUGAUUGGAUGUUCGCCACUUACCACUUCUCGCACCCCAUUUUGACCGAGAGACUGAAGGCUCUCAACUGGCAGUCCACUGGAAAGGUGGAGGGCAAGGAGAAGGCCAAGGACAGUGAAGAGAAGACAGAUGUUGCUACUGCCACUGGGCGGGAUGAGCUCUAAGUCAGUGUAGGAUGAUGCAAAUGAGAAGGUGGAUGAGGAAUUGACAAAUGAAGCUGAGAUACGUGGGAUCACAAAUUAAAGGAAGUCAGCGCACUCAGCGAAGAGUGACCUACUCUAUAUUGCUUUUGAAUCUUCUUGCUUUUGAAUCUUCUAUUUUGAUAGACAAUCUAGAGAGAAUCCGGCUU